CAACCAACUUCUGUAGCCACAUCUACUGUUCGCCUAGGACUUCCAGUGCAAGCCAAAGUUGUUCAAUCAACUGCUACACCUGUCAGUGCUACAUCUGCUGCGACUCUGCCAGGAGGUUCUAUUCUUUCACAUACCACAGUAACAGUAGCUACAACAAGUGCUCAAAAUUUAUUCAAGACAACAGUAGCAACUGGAACAUCAGCUUCUCAACAACCUGCAGUAAUUACUGCUGGACAAACUCAAGCUUCAGCACAAAACCAGGGUCAGCCUCGGCUGCCACUUCCACCUCACACAACAGCACAAGUACCAGCACAGCCCCAGGUCAUACCAAGCUCUCCUGUACCUGGAACUACAGUUGUAUCACAGGAAAUGCAAGAGAAUGUGAAAAAAUGCAAAAACUUUUUAGCUACCCUUAUAAAACUUGCUUCUCAUAAUUCACCAUCUCCAGAAACAUCCCGUAAUGUGAAAGCUCUGGUUCAGGAUUUGUUGGAUGCAAAGAUUGAUCCAGAAGAAUUUACAGGCCGCCUUCAGUCAGAACUCAAAUCAUCUCCUCAGCCAUAUCUUGUACCUUUCCUUAAGAAAAGUCUACCUGCAUUGAGACAAUCUUUGCUGAAUAGUCAACAUUCAGUUUUGCAAGGACAACCGUCUCAGCAGUCACUUCAACAAACCAAGCUAUCGCAAGUUAUACCUCAAUCUGCCUCUGGAAGCAUUUCCUCUGUUGUCACAACGCAGACAAUAGGAAUAAGGCAACCGAACAACAUUUGCACAGUCUCUGUAUCAAAUACAGUGCAGCCUCCUCAGGUUAAGGUGGUACAGUCAAAUCAGAGUUCUCAACUGCAGAUUAUCCAGUCAACAUCUGCUCAAACUGUGAAACGAAACCCUGCUUGCCAGACUACCCAGAUUAGGAUGCCAGUGGUAAUAACUCAGACCAUUAGACCACAAGGCACAGUAGGGAAGGCACCAACAAUACAAGCCAGCAAAAGUCCUGGGGGCUUUGGUGUUCAGGUCUCUGCAAAUCAGAAAAACAAGCUGAAUGACCCUGGAGGUGGUUCUUUCAGAGAUGAUGAUGACAUCAAUGAUGUUGCUUCUAUGGCUGGCGUUAAUCUUAAUGAAGAAAGUGCCCGAAUUAUGGCUACCAACUCUGACUUGGUUGGAACCCAGAUACAGUCCUGUAAAGAUGAACCCUUUCUUGCUGCUAUACCUCUGCAUAAACGCAUACUUGAAACGGGUCCAUGAUUAGACUUCCUGCUUUACAAGAUG